AUGAAGCUCGUUCAGAAACUAUCGGGCUAUCCCCGCCUGCUCCUGGCUGGCAAUCCUUCCAAGGUCGAUGUAGGUCGACUCCUGCUGGGCAUUGUCAGCGCAGCCGCCUCUGGAGUUCCAUUCCCCUUGAUCGGAAUUCUGUUCGGUCAGCUCCUCGACGACUUUAACUCAGUGACAUGCGGCGAGUCAGAAUCAUCGGACUCAAACUCCGACUAUCAACAUGACAUAAACGGCAAGAUUCUGAUUAUAGUGUAUCUGGCUAUCGCUCAGUUUGUUCUAAUCUACAUCCACCUCUCAUGCUGGAGUCUGAACGGCGCUCGACUGGCGCAACGCCUGAGGGAAACCUAUCUACAGAACCUUCUCCGACAAGAACCGUCGUACUUUGAUAAACUACCUCCCGGCGAGAUUGCAUCGCGGCUUAAUGGUGACAUACAGGCUAUUCGGUCCGGCACAUCGGAGAAAGUGGGGAUAUGUUUAUCAAGUCUGUCCUUUUUCAUCACCGCAUACAUCGUGGCCUUUAUCAAAGAUGCCAAGCUUGCCGGCAUGCUCGUUUCGUUGAUCCCAGCAUACUUUUUGAUGUCGUUCGUCGGAAGUCAUUAUAUCGAGAAAUACACCGGGCGCAUGUCGGAUUACGCUGCGAGCGCCGCGUCCAUUGCUUCAGAGGCACUUUCCAACACCGUCGUGGUGCAGGCCUUUGGUGCCAAUGCGCGGCUGGAGGACAAAUUCUCCAAGGCACUCAAGGCUGCGGAAACUGAAGGAUUGAAGAAGGCAACAGCGGUUGGCAUACAAUCCGGAGUGCUAUAUUUUAUUGCAUACUCCGCCAAUGGUCUGGCGUUCUGGCAAGGGAGUAGACGGAUUGCCGAAUCCGUGAGUGAUAAUACUCACGGUGCCACGGUGGGUGCUACUUUUACUGUGAUUUUCAUUCUUGUUGAAGCCACCCUCCUCCUCAGUCAAGUUGCGCCGUUCUUGCACUUGUUCGUCGCCGCUGUCGCCUCAUUCCAGAAGUUGCGUGAGGAUAUUGACCGCGAGCCGAUGAUUGACAGUACGAGCGAUUCUGGACUUCGACUUACCCAGGCUGAGGGCAGUUUUGAAUUCAAGAAUGUUUCCUUCACCUAUCCCUCGCGCCCCGAGAUCACCGUUCUCGACAACAUAAGUCUUACCAUCCCGGCCAACAAGCAUACCGCUAUUGUCGGUCUAUCGGGUAGUGGCAAGUCGACCAUUGCGGGUUUGGUGACAAGACUCUACGACCCCACAAAAGGCCAGAUUCUUUUCGAUGGCCACGACCUGCGUGAUAUCAAUGCUCGUGACUUGAGAAGCUUUCUGAGCCUGGUUCAGCAGGAGCCUUCUCUCCUUGACCGAUCGCUUUUAGAGAACAUUGCUCACGGGCUGAUCAACUCUAGCAAUCCGAGCCAUGCACACCUAAAGACGACCCUGUUGAGUACUGAUCUGGCGGAUCUCGCAAGCGAAGUCAGGGACGGCAAGGAUUUAAUGGCAGCAGCAGAGGCGCGUGGUUCGACUGUCGUUGAAAUAGUUGACUUGGUGAAAAAGGCCGCAUCACUUGCAGAUGCAGACGGAUUCAUCAAUGCGCUGCAACACGGCUACGGUACAACCGUAGGCUCUAGCGGCCGGCUGAUCAGUGGUGGCCAGAAACAGCGAGUUGCACUGUCCAGGGCUCUAGUCAAGGAUCCUGCAGUGCUCAUACUAGAUGAAGCUACGGCUUCUCUGGAUUCACGGAGCGAACAGCGCAUCCAGCGGGCAAUCUCUAAUAUUGCCUGCGGCAGGACUAUCAUCACAAUUGCACAUCGCUUAUCAACGAUCACCGGUGCGGACAACAUCAUUGUCAUGCAUAAGGGUCAUAUCGUGGAACAAGGCAAUCAUGCGACUCUCAUGGCCAAGAAUGGCACCUACGCUGAGCUUGUCAAACUGCAGACUCUCGCAGGCAAGGAUGAAACGCCAGUCAACAUCGAGAGCGUCAGCAAGUCUGAUCAGGCAUCUUCAAGCGAGGCCGAUGAGAAAGCCAUUCUUUUCCUGGGCGACCUUGGCGAUGCUGAGAAAGCUCCAGUCUCUACAGCCGAAGCUCCCGUUGACUCCGAGGAGGCAGAGCCCCAGACUCCCAAAAAGUCCCUCUGGGCGCUUGCCAGAGGCUACGCGCCAGCAUUGCGACCUCACCUGCUGUUCAUUUUUCUUGCACUUCUUGGCUCGAGUAUCGUUGGUGGAGCCUUUUCUGGAGAAGCGGUGAUCUUCGGAAACACCGUUGGCAGUCUGAAUCCUUGCCACAGCGCUGAUAGCAUUCGGUCAAAAGGAAAUUUCUUCGGGUUGAUGUUCUUCGUCCUCGCUAUUAUUGAAUUCUUCGCCAACGUGGUCAGUUGGUCUGGCUUUGGCUGGGUCUCUGAGAAGAUUGUCUACGCGGUUCGGGUCUUGUCGUUCCGGUCACUAUUCGAGCAGGACCUGCAAUGGCAUCAGUCCGAGGGCCGCACACCAGCUUUGCUUCUGUCCUAUAUUACCAGAGAUGGCAAUGCGUUGGCUGGCUUAAGCGGUUCGGUUAUUGGCACCUUGUUCUCGAUCACCGUCAACCUCAUCGCGGCCAUUAUCCUGACUCACAUCAUCGCGUKGAGGAUCGCAUUAGUCUGCCUGGCGCUGGUACCGCUUCUGCUUGGAGCUGGGCUGAUGGAGCUCCAUGUGCUCGGGAAAUUCGAGGAGCGCCACGAGAAUGCAUACACAAAGUCUGUCGAUAUCGGCGUCGAAGCCAUCACAUCCAUCAAGACCAUCGCAUCUCUGUCCCUAGAAGACGAGACUCUACGGACCUACCGGCAAUCACUAAAGGGUCCCCGCAAAGAGACAUUCAUGGUCACCGUGCAUGCAAGCCUAUGGCAGGCAAUGACCUACUUCCUCGGCAACCUGGUAAACGCCCUGGCAUACUGGUGGGGUGCCAAGCAGAUCAUCGCAGGUAACUACACCCAAACGCAGUUCCUGAUCGUCGUCUUCUCCCUGCUCGUCAGUGCCCUCCUGUGGAGUCAAAUGUUUGCCCUCGCACCGGAGCUCUCCAGCGCCCGCGCCGCAAUGGCCCGAAUCCUAAGUCUCAUUGAGAUCGGCUCGGAUAAAAUGCAAGGACGCGUCCGGAGCCCUACCACGAAUGGCUCGAAUGACCCCGAGGCAACGGCUGAGCCCAAGACCAUCUUAUCAAACCACCAAGCCUCAAGCGUGCAGCUGCGCGACGUGCACUUCGCCUACCCCGCCCGACCAGAUAUCAAAGUCCUCAACGGCCUGAGUAUCGAUAUCCGACCUGGCCAGUUCUGCGCCCUGGUGGGACCCAGCGGCGCGGGCAAAUCAACCAUCAUUUCCCUCAUUGAACGGCUCUACACCCCGGAGUCCGGCGCCAUCAUCGUCGACGGCGUAGACAUCACCAAGCACCGCGACGUCUCCUUCCGUGACUCCAUGGCACUGGUCCCACAGGAGAGCGUCCUCUUCGAGGGCACCAUUGAGUUCAACAUCGGCCUUGGGGCGCGACCAGACCGCGAAGCAACCAUGGACGAAAUCGUCGAGGCGUGCAAGCUUGCCAAUAUCCACGACGUGAUUCAGUCCUUGCCGGACGGAUACCAGACGCUCUGCGGACCGAACGGGAGCCAGUUCUCUGGAGGCCAGAAGCAGCGGCUAUCGAUUGCCAGGGCGCUGGUUCGGAAACCCAAGUUGUUGAUUCUAGAUGAGUCGACGAGUGCGUUGGAUGCGGAGUCGGAGAAGUUGCUGCAGGAUGGGCUGGAGAAGGCCACGAAAGGGAUCACGGUCAUUGCGAUUGCGCAUCGGUUGCAUACGAUUCGCAAGGCAGAUGUGAUUUUCUUGGUCGAGGGGGGUAAAUGUGUGGAUCGGGGGACGCAUGAGGAAUUGCUGCAGAGGUCGGAGAGUUAUAGGGCGAAUGUCAUGCAUCAGACUGUGGCGUAG